AUGCGCGAUAUGUUCCGGGGCUGUCAGUCUCUCAAUUCGCUUGGUGCUAUACCGUCUGAUAAUGUCGGGCAGUCUGACAAUACCGAGCGGGUCUGGAAUACCGACAACGUGGUCGACUUUAGCAACAUGUUUGAUGGUUGCUCUGCUCUUACUUCACUUGAUCUACGCGGAUGGAGCACAAAUAAGCCAGAGCAUACGCACGGUAUGUUUUUUGCAACAAAAUCUUUAAAAAGCAUUUAUCUAAGCCAUAAGUUCCAUAUCGGAAGCGGUGCAGGAUUUGCUCAUGCAGGAUCAGAGGUGGGGACCCACUGGCGCCAGGUAGGUGAAGGUACGGUUGAUAGUCCUUCUGGUAAGGUCUUUAGUGAUGCUAACGAAUUUGUAGACUUUCACAACAAUAAGGACAACGAAAAGAGCACUCAAGGUUUUGAGCACUACAUACGGCAGGACAGACCAACGGGUUCUUGUGGCAGCUGCAUGUGGGAAUAUGUAUCCAACCAAGGGAACGCAGCGGGUGAUAAAACAACCUAUACGCUUCGCAUAUAUCCUAAACAAGCCGCUGAUAAUUCAGAACAGCAGGAUGCGCAGGGGCAGCUCAGUGACUGGACAAGAGGCGCGGGGAUACCUCCGUGGAAGGAUUCUCUGUAUAGUAGCUACUAUGCGCAGACUACUCGCGUUGAAGUCACCGAAGACAAAAAUAGCAAGCUGCAAGAGGGCGCUCGACCGGUAACAGCGCUUACGUGCAAAAAUAUGUUUAGCGGGUUUUCUGAGCUGAAGGAAGUCAAUCUUUCCGGGCUCAAUGUCAGAGAAGUCACCUCACUGGAAAACAUGUUUUUUGGCUGUGAAAAGCUGACUUCUCUUGAUCUGAGUAUGUUCGUCUUCAACGGCAAUGUAAAAAGUCUUGCUCAUAUGCUUUCUGGUUGUAGAGCUCUUACGACACUCAAACUGGACAAGGUUUCUACCACAAGCGAGACUGAAAUGGAGUCUAUGUUCAAAGGGACUGCUCUUUUGAGAAAAAUAGCCCUUUCAAACAAGUUUAUUAUCAAGAAGAGCGCAGCCUUUGACGACGCGGGACGUGGAGCCGGUAGCUGCUGGACAGAGCAGGCAGAGCAAAAACAGGACAGCCCUGAAGGCGUCCCUGCGUGGACAAUCUUUGAAUCGCCGGAUAAGCUUAUUGAGCACCACAACAGAAAACAAGGCGAACAAACGUCACACUACACGAGGCAGGAUAUUACCAAAGGGGUUUUUGGCGACUGUAUAUGGGAAUACCAGUCAAACUCCGGUGAGCCUUCUGAGGUGUCUGAAAGUGGUGCGAGUACAUCGGGCGCUGCCGGCAAUAAAUCGCAGGGAAAGCUCGGAAGUUGGGGAGGUCAGGGCGAAGAAACAGCGCCUCCUUGGAAGCAUCCGGUAUGCGAGAAGUACUAUCAAAAUACCACUAAG